AUGGCAGAUCAUUCCAGCACUAGCGUCCCUUUCAUAACUAAGAGAUUUGAAUUUGAAUCAAAUUUGAACAAUUUGCUAGUUAACGCUGAUUAUGUUAAACCUUCCACUAUACAAUGUCACAAAUGUAAGCUUAAAAAUAGGAUUUGUGUUUGUCAAACCAUUGACAGUGAAAUAGGGAGUACAGAUGGUUAUGUAAUUGAUGAGUUGCUGGAGUGCAAGAAGAAUUUGAAUGAGCUACGUAAUUGCCUUGAUGAAAUUGACAUAAGUCAGUGGUCUAGGCAUACAAAUUUGCACGAUAAUACAUCACUUAUCCAUCAUACUUUGGCUCAAACAGCCAAAGGCGAAGCCUUCGAGUUGCUCACAAAUGCUUGGAUCAAGUUUUAUGAGAUACUUUUCCAAUGCAAUCUCCUGGAUCUCUGUAAUCCACCUGUCUCUAACAUCGUUUCAUCAUUUCACAUUGCUGAAUGCCCCGGAUCAUUCAUUUCCGCUCUAAAUCAUUAUUUACAUACCAUAAAGGGCGGUGCAAAAUUGCGAUGGAAAGCAACUUCUUUAAACCCAUAUUUUGAAGGGAACAAUCAUAAUGUUAUACUUAAGGAGGAUAUUCUAUUCAGGGAUACCUAUUACCACUGGAUAAAAGGAUUGGAUGAUUCGGGGGACAUAACAAUUAAGGAGAAUCUAGAAUACAUUUGGAGCUCAACUAGGCCAAACAAAUACUCGAAGGAGUUGUUUCUAGCUGAUAUAGUCACAGCAGAUGGCUCUUUCAAUUGUCAGCAUGCUCCAAAUCAACAGGAAAUACUUACAGCAAAACUAAUAUAUUCAGAGCUUGUGUGCGCUUUGGGAAUGUUGAGAGUUGGAGGAGUUCUAUUGCUUAAAAUGUUCACCUUGUUCGAGCACACAUCUCUAUCCAUUUUUGUGAUACUUUCCAUAUGUUUUAAGAGGUUGCAAGUGGUAAAACCAGUGCUAUCAAAAGAUUCUAGCGCUGAAAUUUAUGUAUUAGGCAUAUGUUUCAAUGGAAUAGGCUCAGCACUCUUGUCUAAGUUGUGCAAUGUCAUUGGUAAGUUGGGGAACAAUGCUUUGAUACCUUCUAAAUGGAUCCCACAUGAAUUCAGAUCAGAGUACAUUAUGUGUGCUAAAUAUUUCUCAGAAUUCCAAACGCGAUGGCUCCGCCAAACAAUUUCACUAUUUAACCAGCCUAACGACGAAAACAAUCUGUAUAAAUUAAAGAGAGAAUUCGCCAAGAAGUUUAUCGAGAAGAACAAAAUAUUACCAUUGCCCAUAACUAGUAGAUUAGUGCCUAGCCCUACAUUCAUGAAUGGAUUAAUUACUGGUGCCGAAACCAGUUCUAUUGGCCACAUGGAUUGCCGUUGGUAUUCAACCUUGCAGGAUCGCAUUAAUCACUAUGUUAAAUAUACAAAUUUACAGCGUUAUAUGCAAAAUAACAAGAAUUCAACACUUGCGAUAGUUGAGGUUACUUGGUCUGAAACUUGCAAUAAGAGGAAUAGAAGCGAUAUUUCCAAUUACGGGAGUAAUAAAUUUGAAUAUUUCACAGUACUUGAGGGUAAAAAUGCAGUUAUUGAUAAAUUACUUCAAUCUCUAACAUUGCAACUUUACUUGAAGGAGAAUUGGUUUGCGCCAGUUAAAUCAUUGGAUACUAAUGGCUACAAAAUGUCUUACUUUGUUGAUAACGACCUAAUGUAUGAUUGUAUAGAUAUUAACUCUAAAAUUUGCGGUGAGAUUAAUCCUAUUACAUUUGCUGAUUGCGUCGAGAUUUAUUGUGCCUCGGGGGAGAUGUUAAGCGACCCUGCAGCUUUACCAUCAUCAACUGCUGUUGAUUUAUCCUUAAUACUGCAAAAAUUCGGUACUGCUGGGGAAUUCUUGCAUGGAAGAUACCCAAAGUAUGCUGAGAUAACCAAUGAUACGACACAAAAAUUUGCAGCAACGUGCCUACUCAAACGGCAUUCAUGUUCAGGACAUAUAAUAUACACUAGAAAUAACAGUUUCAAUUUGCCAGAAAAAGAAACCAACUUUCAUUUUGAAAGUGCAACGGAUUUGAUGCAGGCAUUGGAUAGUUUUGUAGGUUCGGGUAAAAUUAUUUCUUCAAAAAUUGUGGACUUAUUGGCCCUUUACAAUGAAGGAAAGACCUAUAAGCAUUUGGUGGAAAUGAGUCUUUCAGACGCCACGAAACGCAGUUAUAAUUUUGUAUACAUAGAUCCUGUGGCCGGGCUUCCAUAUUUCAAAGAUCCUUUUGGUGCAGAAGUUAAUAGUAAAAUUAUUUUGACUGGGCAAUUAGUUCUUGGUAUCAACCUAAUUGCGGAUGGUGGGGAUCUGGUGAUUCAUUUGUCAACUACACUCACACGUUAUACUGUAUGCCUGAUAUUAGCAUUAAGGUGCGUCUUUGACAAUGUAAAUUUGUUUAGACCUUCUUCAGUCCCUAAUUGGUCCAAACGCAAUUAUCUCAUUUGUCGAAAGUUCAAUGACAAGGACAAUUGCGUGUUUCGACACUACAUUCAGUGUCUUUGGGAUGCAAAUUCACUGCACAAUCAGUCAAAACUCGCAGUGCUGCAGCCAUUAUUGCCCAUUUACUUUUCUGCACCUGAUUUUGUUAGGCCAUUAUAUGAAUAUAACACAAUGUUGCUGAGGUUGGAAUUAGAGGAUUUAAAACUGCGUUUACAAUCAAAUGGUAAUGGUAGUGGUACAAAUGAGUGUUCAGGGGGGAGUGAAAAUGUGGCUAGUUUCAUUUGCGAGUACCUGAAGGAUUAUUUGUACCCGGGCGACUUGGCUAAAUAUUCCAUAACGCCAACCAAAAAUUUGGACCCUAACAUGGAACAGGAAGUGGAUAUUGAGUCCCCGCUAAUUUCAUCACCUGAACCAUCGCCUACUCUAUUAUCCGAGAUUUGGUGCGAUGGUAAUAGCGCAUAA